GCCCGCCCUCUCCCCUCAGCACGGAGCGCGGGGCGGCGGCGGAAGGCAUCCGCGGCCCCCCGGAGCCCGUCGGACCGAGAGGGGUUGAGGCGGCUCGGCGUGGCGAGAAAUGUGCCGGGGCCGCCGUGCGGCUUUGACAUGUUGAUCCUUUCCGAGCACUUAACAGGAUCGCAAAGCCCUUCGAGCGGCUUUUCCCCGUCAGGCCGGUUUACGCGCGCGGGCUUUGCCUGUAAUCCGCCCUCGCCGCGCUGAGGGCCGGCCGUGGUGGGCGCUGCUCUGCCCCACCCCGCCCCGCCUCGCCCCGCCGCCCCCGCGGGGGUACCGCCGCCGCACGGCAGCGGGCAGCGGGCAGCGCCGCGGGGAGCGGGCGCCGAGAAAGUUUGGGUCCGGAUAUUGCCGAGGGAGGCGUGGAGGCUGUCAAUUCGAUGUUGGUAUGUAAAGCAAAAUGGCAAAAAUCAACACCCAGCACUCGUACCCUGGCAUGCAUGGACUGUCUGUCAGAACUACUGAUGAAGAUAUUGAAAGGAUUGAAAAUGGCUUUAUCAGAACCCAUUCACUGUGUGAGGACACAUCUUCAGAACUGCAGAGAGUCAUUUCUAUGGAGGGAAGACAUCUAUCUGGAUCACAAACGAGCCCAUUCACAGGCAGGGGAGCAAUGGCAAGGCUGUCACGAUUCGUCGUAUCUCUGAGGUCGUGGGCCACAAGACAUCUGCACCAUGAAGACCAAAGGCCUGAUUCUUUCCUAGAGCGUAUCCGAGGGCCAGAGCUUGUAGAGGUGUCCAGCAGGCAAAGUAACAUCCGCUCCUUCCUGGGCAUCCGUGAACAGCCUGGGGGAGUAAACGGUCCAUGGCCCUUGGCCAGGUUUAAUGUCAACUUUAGCAACAACACCAAUGAAGACAAAAAGGAAGAAAAGAAAGAGGUUAAAGAGGAAAAGAAAGAGGAAAAGAAGGAGGAAAAGAAAGAGGAAAAGAAAGAUGAUAAAAAAGAUGACAAAAAAGAUGACAAAAAAAAGGAAGAACAGAAAAAAGAGGUCUUUGUGAUUGAUCCUUCAAGCAAUAUGUACUACAACUGGCUAACCAUAAUCGCAGCACCUGUGUUCUAUAACUGGUGUAUGCUUAUAUGCAGAGCCUGCUUUGAUGAGCUACAAAUUGACCAUAUUAAAUUAUGGCUGUUCCUGGACUAUUGCUCUGACAUCAUCUAUGUUUUUGACAUGUUUGUCAGAUUCAGGACAGGCUUCCUUGAGCAAGGCUUGCUGGUAAAGGACGAAAAGAAGUUACGAGAUCAUUAUACCCAAACUGUGCAGUUCAAGCUGGACGUGCUGUCUCUUCUGCCAACAGACCUGGCGUAUCUGAAGCUGGGGCUGAACUACCCUGAGCUGCGAUUUAACCGCUUGCUGAGGAUCGCUCGCCUGUUUGAAUUUUUUGACCGCACAGAAACCAGGACAAAUUAUCCAAACAUGUUUCGUAUUGGAAAUCUUGUCUUGUACAUUCUUAUCAUCAUCCACUGGAAUGCGUGUAUAUACUUUGCAAUUUCAAAGGUAAUUGGCUUCGGAACCGACUCUUGGGUCUACCCCAACGUGUCCAUCCCAGAGUAUGGGCGCCUGUCGAGAAAGUACAUUUACAGCCUGUAUUGGUCGACGCUGACACUAACAACCAUUGGGGAAACUCCUCCGCCUGUGAAGGACGAGGAGUAUCUAUUUGUGGUCAUUGACUUCCUGGUGGGCGUGUUGAUCUUCGCUACCAUUGUCGGUAACGUGGGCUCCAUGAUUUCCAACAUGAAUGCGUCCAGGGCAGAAUUCCAGGCCAAAGUCGAUUCCAUUAAACAGUACAUGCAUUUCCGAAAGGUAACGAAGGAUUUGGAAGCCAGGGUUAUUAAGUGGUUUGAUUACCUCUGGACCAAUAAGAAAACAGUGGAUGAAAAGGAAGUUCUCAAAAAUCUGCCCGACAAGCUGAAGGCUGAAAUCGCCAUCAACGUCCAUUUGGACACGCUGAAGAAAGUGCGUAUAUUCCAGGAUUGCGAAGCUGGGCUGCUCAUCGAGCUGGUGCUGAAACUGAAACCUACUGUCUUCAGUCCUGGGGACUACAUUUGCAAGAAGGGAGAUAUUGGGAGGGAAAUGUACAUUAUAAAGGAGGGAAAAUUGGCAGUGGUGGCAGACGAUGGUAUAACCCAAUUUGUAGUCCUGAGUGAUGGCAGCUACUUCGGUGAAAUCAGCAUCCUCAACAUCAAAGGCAGCAAAUCUGGCAACAGGAGGACAGCCAACAUAAGGAGUAUCGGUUAUUCGGAUUUGUUCUGCUUGUCUAAAGAUGAUUUAAUGGAAGCCCUCACAGAAUACCCAGAAGCCAAAAAGGCUCUGGAAGAGAAGGGCCGACAAAUUCUGAUGAAAGACAAUUUAAUAGAUGAGGAAGCAGCAAAAGCAGGAGCUGACCCAAAAGACUUGGAAGAAAAAAUAGACAGGCUUGAAACAGCCCUGGAUACGCUGCAGACGAGGUUUGCGAGGCUCCUGGCAGAGUACAGCUCUUCUCAACAGAAAGUUAAGCAGAGACUUGCCAGAGUAGAAACCAGAGUGAAAAAAUACGGUAGUGGCUCCUUAUCCGUUGGAGAACCAGAGCCUGAAAAACCUGAGGAGCAGAAAAAGGACUGAUAGAGUAUUUAUAUUUCAUUACUUAAGGGAGAAGGUUGGAAUGUGUGAAAGCCAUAAAUGUAUAUAAAUACGUGUGUGCACACAUAGCCAUGAUUAUUUUUAUAUGGACUUGAGAAUGGUUUUUAGCAUUUUUAACUGAAGCAGAAUUUUCUUGUAAAUAGGAUAACGUCACCUUCUUCGUAGGGGAGAUUUGGUCCAUCAUUUGGGUACAUUUUUGUACUGGGAGUGGAUUUCUUCUAAGUUGUGCUCAGACCAUCCAGUGCGCGUAUGGCAUGUGUAGGUCUUGACACACUCUAUUCACACACACAUUGUGUUAAGAAGGCAUUAUACUUAAAGUAGAGGGAUUGUUAUGAUUUUUUUAUUAUUAUUUAAAAAAAAAAAGGCUUUAAAAAUAUUUAUAGGGUACAUGCUCUGCCUUCCUAGCCUAUUAAAUGCAUGGAAGCACA